UAUGCUUAGCAAACCUCAACCUGAAGUCCUGAAUUGUCAAAACUCAAAACACAGUGAGAGAGAUAGAGAGAGAGAGAGAGAGAGAGAGAGAGAGAGAGAGAGAUGGAAGAAGAAAGUCCCUAUUCAUGUGAGCAUGCAGAAGAAGACUACAUAGACAUGGAAGUUUGUUCACAUUCCACCAUUUUCAGCCAUUCCAAAAGCUCACAACCUGACCCCAGAGAAUUCGAGUUCCAAAUGUUCUCAACCUCUGUUGAAAAAGACACCACAACUUCCCCUGCAGAUGAGCUCUUCUACAAAGGAAAACUCCUCCCCCUUCACCUCCCCCCGCGCCUAGAAAUGGUAGAGAAACUCCUUCAGAAUCCCAGCACUUACAACAACAACCUCGACGCCCAGUUUGAUGCGUUUGAAGAGUCCUUUAGAACCCCAUUAUGCACAACACCUACCAAUCAUACCCCUACCAGCAACACCACCCCAUUUGAAUCCUGCAACAUUUCCCCCGCGGAGUCUUGCCAAGUCAGCAGGGAACUCAAUCCAGAAGAAUACUUCUUUGCGGAAGUAGUUGGCGAUUUUCAUGCAGAUCACAACCCCAAACGGACAUGGACAAGAAGGCUUAGGCUGAUGAAGCAGUCCUCUUUGAGUUCAAAGUUGAAAGCCUCCCGGGCUUAUCUAAAAUCAUUGUUUAUCAAAUCGAGCUGCUCAAGUCAAUCCUCCGCAGCUGCUUCAAGAAUGAUCAACAAAGGAUUAGCUCCACAGGCCAAUGAAGGUUGUAAAAGCCACGCCAAAGUAGCUAAGAAGGAGCCGUUUGGGCAGAUUCAGAGAGGUGGAUCCUCACUCGCAAAGAGCUUCAACAAAGAAAACGCUUCUGGGGACGAAGGAGGCCAUGGCCAUCAUAGAAGGUCAUUUUCAGCGGCUUUUAAAAGGAUAUCAACAGCAAAAAUUUCAUCCUCAUUGACAUCAUCCUCCGGCUGCUCAUCAGCUUCGAGCUCAAACAAUUCAAAUGGAUUUCAAGAGCUGCAAUUUUUCAAGAGAAGCGCCAGUGCAUAUUCAGAUAUCGAGAAUUCAAUCCAGGCAGCAAUCGCUCAUUGUAAAAGAUCUCAACAGCAGUUACACUCAACCAAUACUGUAACUGACCUUGGGAUAUGCUCAAUGUCUGCUUCUAAAGUUACCUGUGAGGAACAAGAAAGACCAGCACUGUGCCAGAGUUAAAAGUAUUUUACUUUUGUUUACUUUAGGGUGGAAUGAUGGAAGAACAAUUUUGCUUGCCUUACUUAUGAUGCGUUUUUUAUAUAACUUAGUAUAACAAGCAUCAUGCAAAGAAGCAAAUCCAUAUU